UCUGGGGAGCGUCCAGAGGGCGUCUUGGAGGGUCUGAGAGGUCCUGGGGAGUGCUGGGCGGGGCUUCGGGCUGUCCUAUUGGCGUUCGGGGAUGCUCGGGGGGUUUUGGGUGGUCCCGGGGGCUUCCUGGGAGGGUCCUGGGGAGUCUCGAGCACUGAGAGCUUCUUCUGGGGAGGGCGAGCGGGGUCCUGGGUCUUUUUGCGGGGCGAGGAGGGGGACCCAGAAUUCCGGGGACCCCCCCCAAACUCCAGGGGUUCCGCAUGGUGGUGGCGGGGGGCUCCCCGGAGUAUUUGCAAGGGCGGGGGGGGGCGUCCUAAAUACCCUGCGGGGUUCCUCCAAAGCGCUGCGCCCCUUUCACGCCAGCAGCGUUUUGGGGGGCAGGGGAGAGGGCCGCGCCCGGGCUAUUGGGAGUUCUCGCCUCUCCCCAACGCCCCCCCGCGCCCCUAGCACCGCCAUGGGCCUGUGCAAGUGCCCCAAGCGACGGGUGACGACGCUGUUCUGCUUCGAGCACCGCGUGAAUGUCUGCGAGAGCUGCCUGGUCAGCGCCCACCCCAAGUGCAUCGUGAGGUCCUACUUGCAAUGGCUGCAGGACAGCGAUUACAGCCCCCAGUGCCCCCUGUGCCAAGCCCCUCUGGGCGAGCAAGAGACCGUGCGGCUCGUCUGCUACGACGUCUUCCACUGGCCGUGCCUGGCGGGGUGGGCACGGGCGCUGCCCCCUCGCACGGCCCCUGCUGGACACCGCUGCCCCCAGUGCGGGGGGCCCCUGUUCCCGCCCCCCAACCUGGAGGGCCCCGUGGCCGAGGCACUGCGGGCACGGCUCCGGACGGCACACUGGGCACGGCCUGGGCUGGGGCUGCCGCUGAUUGAGGACUCAGAGGAGCUGCUGGAGCCUGAGACCACCCAGGAGCCGGAUGGGGGCUGGGACGCCCCCAUCACACCCCCGGAGCCCCCCCCGUGCCCCCCACCACCCCACGCCGUCGUCCACAUGGGGGGAGAGACCCCGACCCUGCACGCAGGCUCUGCACCCCGCAAGCCCCUGGGGGGCCGCGAGACCUGGAGCCCCCCCGACCGCGACGAGGACAAAUACCGGCGGCGGCCCCUGGCGUGGAUGCCACCCAAGCUCAGGUGCCGCGUCCGCGGGGCCCCGCGGCGCCCCCUGCUGGCGCUGUGCCUGGGCGGGGCCGCGGCCUUCGCGCUGCUCCUGCUCCUAUUGGGCAGCCUGGGCAGGGGCGGGGCCGACUCAGACCCCGCCCUCGAGCCGCUCAACAACCCCCAUGUGCGGGUGGGGCACUGACCACGCCCACCAGGGGCGGGGCUCCAGAGGGCAUGGCAAAUAAAGUGCCUCCUUGCGGAGAGGGA